GGUCUAUCAGGUCAUAUACCUACUAAUACUAGCUUUAGUCUCCCCAUGUUGCAAAUACUAGAUAUAUAUAACAACAAAUUCGAGGGUCAAAUUCCAUUGGGUCUUGCAGCAUGCCAGCAUCUUCGGAUACUUAGCAUCGCGAAAAAUCUAUUUGUGGACAUGGUCCCGACAUGGCUGGCUAAACUACCACAACUCACAUGGAUUUCUAUAGGUGACAAUGACCUCGUUGGCCCGAUCCCAGCUGUGCUCGGCAAUCUUACCAUGCUCAGUACACUUGAUAUUUCAUUUUCCAACCUAAGCGGGGAGAUUCCGGAGGAAUUGGGAAAACUGAUGCAACUCACAUAUCUGCACCUUGCAGAAAAUCAACUAACAGGUCCCUUUCCUGGUUUUCUUGGAAAUUUAUCAAAAUUGUCUUAUGUAAUGUUACUAUCGAAUCAGCUGGCUGGACUAGUACCAUCGACACUUGGAAAUAAUAGACUUCUUACAUACCUUGAUAUUCGAGAUAAUCAUCUUCAUGGGGAUCUUAGUUUCUUGGCCAGCCUUUGUAAAUGUCGGCAACUCCAAGUCCUUGGCAUAUCAAAUAAUUCAUUCUCUGGGAGCAUCCCCAGCUACUUUGGUAACCUCUCAACUAACCUACUAGAAUUUGAAGCAAAUAACAACAAUUUGGUUGGUGGGCUUCCAACAACAAUAUCAAAUCUUAGUGGUCUUCUUCUGAUAAGCAUUUCCAACAACCAUCUAACCAAAGAAAUACCAGAAUCCAUCUCUAAGUUGGAGAAUCCCCAGGCACUUGUUCUAUCUGGAAAUAGCAUCAUCGGCCCAAUCCCUGAACAAUUUGGUAUGCUAGAGAGUAUUAUAGGGUUAGAGCUUCCAUACAAUAGAUUAUCUGGCUCCAUACCAGAUGGCAUGAGCAACCUCACCAAGUUAGAGUACAUUGUAUUAUCUUAUAACCAUCUAUCUUCGACCAUACCACCAACCAUGUUUUCUAGUAGUAACCUUAUCCAAUUAGAUAUGUCCCAUAACUCCCUAACCGGUACAUUGCCUUCUGAUCUCGGUCAUAUGCAAAGUAUGGACCAAAUAGAUCUUUCUAGUAACCUCUUGUCUGGUAGCCUCCCAAAUUUAUUUGGACAAAUUGCGAUCCCAUUAAGUUACCUAAAUCUUUCGCACAACUCAUUCCAGGAUUUAGUCCCGGAUUCUUUCGGACGCUUAACCAGCUUGGUAGCAUUGGACCUAUCGUCGAACAAUCUAUCUGGAACGAUACCAAACUUCCUCGCCAACUUCACCUACAUUUCUUAUCUGAACCUCUCCUUUAAUAGGUUAGAAGGGCAAAUACCAAAUGGAGGUGUUUUUGCAAACAUCACCUUGCAAUCUUUGGUUGGGAAUGUUGGGCUAUGUGGUGCUCCUCGUUUAGGACUGUCACCAUGUAUAGACAAGUCUCAACCGACUUCUCGUCGACACAUCCUCAAGUUUAUACUCCCAGCUGUCUUCAUUGGAACUGGUGGGUUUGUAGCUUUCUUGUACCUAAUGAUCAAGAAGAAAAAUAAGAAGCAGCCAUAUGUUACGGCUUCUACUAGCAUGACUGGUCUGAUCAGCCAUAGGUUAGUAUCAUACCACGAGAUUGCUCGUGCCACUGAAAAUUUCAACGAGGACAAACUACUUGGAGCUGGAAGUUUUGGAAAAGUUUUCAAGGGCCAGCUAGAUGAUGGUUUGGUGGUUGCGAUAAAGGUGCUCAAUAUGCAAGUCGAGCAGGCCAUGAGGAGCUUUGACGCUGAAUGUCAAGUGCUGCGGAUGGCUCGGCAUCGCAACCUGAUACAGAUAUUGAAUACCUGUUCCAACCUGGAUUUCAGGGCAUUGCUGCUUCAGUACAUGCCCAAUGGUAGCUUGGAGGCACGCUUGCACACUGAAAAUAGGGAACCGCUAGGAUUCAUCCAGAGAUUGGACAUUAUGCUUGGAGUGUCAGAGGCAAUGGAUUAUCUGCACCAUCACCACUGUCAAGUUGUCCUACACUGCGACCUGAAGCCUAGCAAUGUGCUUUUUGAUGAGGACAUGACGGCCCAUGUUGCUGACUUUGGCAUUGCAAAGUUGCUUCUUGGCCAUGAGAACUCCAUGGUUUCAGCAAGUAUGCCCGGGACAAUUGGGUACAUGGCCCCAGAGCUUGCAUUCAUGGGAAGGGCGUCGCGAAAGAGUGACGUGUUCAGCUUUGGGAUCAUGCUGCUUGAAGUCUUCACAGGGAAGAGGCCCACAGAUCCUAUGUUCAUCGGGGAAUCCAGCCUUAGGCAGUACAUUUUGCAAGCAUUUCCAGCAAAGCUAACUGAUGUUUUAGAUGAGAAGCUACAUCAGGGUGAAGAAAUGAGCCAAGUCUUUCAUCACCAAACAAUUACUACUUCGCCGUCGUCAUCCUCCAUUGCCCACAAUGGCAACUUUCUCGUGUCGACAUUUGAGAUGGGUUUGGAGUGUUCCAGCGGUUCUCCAGACCAGAGGCCGAGCAUUGACGACGUGGUGAGGAGGCUGAAGAACAUCAAGAAGGAAUACUCUUGCUUUCAUGGUAGCAACUCAAAGAAGCGUGCAGCAACAACAUUGAUAUUGUAAUGUGCAGUGCCAUGUAUUGCUGCUUCUUCCACUUCGACUCCGGCCGUAAGAAUCCUGCUGAUCACGGAUGGCUGAACAUGUUGUUUCUUUAGUUCUUCUAGUUUGGAGUUUAUGUU